AAGCGUUUCAUCCACAUUUUAUCUCAAAAAAUAAAAUAAAAAUCACGAUGGGUGAUGCAGAAAAAGCCCCACUAUCCAAUGAAGAAGCUCUGAAAUUAUGCGGGCAAAAUCCGCUGGAAGCGAAGGAUUUCAUCCUGAAUCAAACCAUGUACAGGAUCAAAGACCCCAAAGUAACGCUACCCUUUUACUCGCAAGUUUUGGGCAUGAAGCUGCUGACCAAAUUGGAUUUUCCUUCUAUGAAAUUUUCGUUGUACUUUAUGGGUUACGAAGAUAGUGUUCCAGGUGAUUUGGGGUCUGCUGCUAGAAAUGAAUGGACUAUGGGCAGGAGGGCUACUUUAGAAUUGACCCAUAACUGGGGUACAGAAAACAACCCGUCCUUCAAGUAUCACAACGGCAAUCAGGAACCCAAGGGCUUUGGUCAUAUUGGUCUAGAAGUUCCCGACGUCUACAAAGCAUGCGAACACUUUGAAAAACACGGAGUCAACUUCAUCAAGAAACCAGAUGAUGGGCAAAUGAAAGGGAUUGCUUUUAUUACAGAUCCGGAUGGUUACUGGAUCGAAAUUUUGAACCGAAAAGUUACUACGGACAUUGUCGAGGCCUUUAAAUAAUUUCUGAAUAAAAACCAAUAUUUUUAAUUUAUAUGUAACAUAUUAUUAUUAUUAUUAUUAUCUGAAACCAUAAAUAAAUAUCACAUACCUAAAUCCUAUUGACAAUAAAUUUUUGACUAGAAUUAUACCAACCAGAGGGUUAGUAAAUAAAUUAAAAAAUAAAUGCAAUUUCUUCUAAAAAUAUCCAUUUGGUUAGUAAAAAUUAACCAAACCACAAUAAUUUGUCAUAGACUUAAGUAAAUAUGAAACUAUCAAAUUAUUAAUAGGGAAUUUGAUUCUGAUAAUAUUGAAUCAUAUCGUAAGUACGCGUUCUAAAGUUCAAAAAGCUAUUCCUGAUUAUUUGUAGCAUAUAAUUUGCAGCCUCUUUGUCGUUUGCGCCCGGAUUAAAUCUACCCCGUAAAAGUUUGAUGGUUUGCCCUCUGAAACAUGGCAAUCCUGUGUCCAGCAUAAGAGACACUAGCGAGAUUAUGGCU